ACUGGGACCCAGCUCGCCCACCCCCACCCCUCCCCAAAUACCUGCACAAGAAACCCCUUUCUUUCUCUCCCCCUCCUGAUCCUCGCCUUCCUCCUCCUCCUCCUCCUCCCGCCCCUCCCCCCCACCUGUGGGCCAGGCCACCUGAAGUGCCCGGCGCGUCCCACCCUCGCUGCCCACCCCGGUAGGAGGCAGGCAGCGUGGCCAUGUGCCCCCCCGGUCAGCGUGCGGUACGGGGACGAGGGCGUGUCCUACCUCCGCGCGUCCUGGAUGUAUCAGCUUCGACAUGGCGACCAGCUGGGGAUUUGCUUCGCUUGCUUCAAGGCUGCCUUCCUGGAGCUCAGAGACUCGCUGGAGUCGGAGGACUGGGAGGAGGGAGACUGGGACCCUGAGCCGAUGGACCCCGCCGGGGCGGGGCCUGAGCAGGGCUGGGGCCCGGGGGUGGGGCUGAGCUGGGGGCAGGGCCAGGGUCACUCCGCCCAGGAGGGUCUGUGGAGUGGGGGUCGGCCCCCCCCCCCUCCCGGGUCGGAGGAGGAGGGCCCGGACCACCACUUCGCGCCCACCGAGCUGGAGCCUCAGGACGCAGCACCCCGGGGCCUGGGCCCUGACGACGCUGACUGGACCCAGAGCCUCCCCUGG